CUGCGGCCAUUUGUAAAAAAAAUCCAUUCUCCGGGAAUUAAUUUUUCUUCCUUCUAUAGCAAAAAUUCAUUCUCCUGGAAUUAAUUUUUCUACCUAUUGUGGUUGUUUUAGUUUUUCCAAUUUCGCCCAUUUUCCCGGAUGUGUUUAUUAUAUUCGGAUUUCACGUGCAGUUGUGUGACACUGUGUACUUAGUCAGACACGACAAACGGACAGGUAAAUGUGAUUAGCAUGGCCCAGGCUGUGAAGGGACUGUUUUCCAAAUUCAACAAAAACAUCGUUAAGACUGGCAAAGACAAGAAAGGCCAAAAUCAGAUCCAUCUUGGGAACGAGCGACAAGAGGAAUGGAUCCUGCUCUUCCGGGAGACCCUCAUCCCCGGACCUCUGUUCAUCCAAGACGACUGGUACUCCGGCUUCGUGGUCGGCGUGGAUGCAGAGUGUCGGACAACUCCAAGACGACUUGCCACGGCUCUUGAUGGACUCGGCAGCAGGGAUAUUCUGAAUGUCCAAGCGGACGAGAACAAGCUGUUCAAGUCUAAAGCAUCCAGUUGCACAUCUCCGUCACAGCAUAGUGAAGCGGAUCUCAGACAUAGUGGCAGUUAUGCUGAAGGGAAACGGCACUCGGAUCAUAUCCAUCACGGCAACCUUUCUCCAGGUGCUGUCCCUUCUGAAACGAGCAAGGGUUCCGAAGAUAAGGUGCAUCUAAAACAUAGGAAAUCCAGUAACGUGUCUGAUGUGUCUAGUUCUAGCAUGGACGGACAUCAGAUUGCAGGUGAUGUAUCUGAUGCGUCUUGUUCCAGUAUGGGCGAGGGUCCCGAAGUACCUCUAAAACCUCAGAUUCCAGGUAACGUAUCUGAUGAGUUGUCUUGUUCCAGCAAGGAGGAGCAAGAACCUGAAGUGACGUUAAGACGCCGAGUCGCUGGUAACGUAUCUGAUGGAUCACAUCUCGGCAAGGAGAAGGACCAGGACGGCAAGCGGAGGAGUCUGGUGUCGAGUAUUUUCCACGGAGUACGCAAGUCGACACUGUCGUGGACGUCACGUGACUCAGGGAUGGCCUCCAGCAUCGCAGACUCCGUUGACCUGGAGUGGAUUGGUGACGAUGACGACGACUGGGAUGACGACGACUUCAGCGAUGACAGCGACUUUGAUGAUGACUUCUACGAGGACUUCGAGAAUCGGAUCAUUGUGCUGGAACUGGAGGAGAAGCAGACGGAUGACAUGGCGUGUAGGAUCGCCGUCUUCAUACUGCAGUCUGAGAUGGAGUACGUGAAGCAGCUCGCCGCUCUGGUCAAGGUACUGUCCGGGCUGGCAGACGUCACAAAGAAACACAAGGGAAGUGAUUCAGGGGGGUACCUCAAGGAGAUGUCAAAGAGUGCAGCAUCCAUAUUGCAGUUCCAUACCGACCAUUUCCUCCCUGCUAUGAAAACAAGACUAGCUGAAUGGAAAUCCAAGCCACUGCUGGGUGACGUAAUGAAAGCAAACGUUCCUUUCUUUAAAAUCUACCGAAGUUACACGCUGCUCUUUGAACACGUCGUACUCAUCAUAGGCGGGUGGAGGAGGGAUCCGAAGAAAUUCUCUUCACUGAUAAAAGAUAUCAAGAAACUUCCUGAAUGUGAUAACGUGCCCUUCCAAGCCUUCAUGUGGUAUCCGCUGAAACGUCUACAGUCGAUGGAGUUCUUCCUGUGGGCGUAUUUAAAAAACCUCUCGGAGGACGCUGAUGAAGCUCAGGAUAUAAAAGAGGCACUGAAACUUCUGGGUGAUGCAAAGGAGUAUCCAAAGAAAGCUACACGGAAACGGACGAUGAAGAAAGUGAAACAUGACAUACUACAGCCGACUGGGAGGAGUCUGACUCCUCCACCAAUCAGCGAGGAGGAGGUAGAGCCGGCGGAGGAGCCACCCACCCCAGAGGUUUACCCAGAAGACGAGAUCGUACCAAAAGACAAAGUACAGCGAGUGGUGCUGGAGCUGUUAUCUACAGAGCGAUCGUACGUUCGAAAACUGCGACUACUGCAGAAGAUCGAAGAACGUUUUCGCCGAGAGAACACGAUCCCCGAUGACGUCAUCAAGGAGAUAUUUUCCAAGAUGGAGAGUAUUCUGAUGUUUCACUCCAGUCACCUGUUGCCUCAGAUAGAGGAGCGAGCCGUGAACUGGGAAACAAACAAACGAAUCGGGGACGUGUUGAAGAAAAAUGCGCCCUUUCUGAAGAUCUAUGCCGAGUACAUUCAAAACUACGAGCGGGCCAAACAUCAAAUAGAAACGUGGAGGAAAAAGUCGACAAAGUUCUCGUCUGUGUUGACAGAAAUUCGGAGCAGUCCCGAAAGUGCCGGCAUUCCUCUUGACGGUCACCUACUGGAACCGGUCCAGCGGGUUCCGAGAUACGAACUCCUACUCAAAGAAUAUUUAAAGAACAUACCCGAUGAUAGCAAUGACAGAAAAGAUGCGGAAGAUGCCUUGAAGCUGGUGGUGGAGGCAGCCAGUCAUUCGAACCAGUUUCUAAAACAGAUGGAUAAAUUCAAGAAGACCUAUGACGCUUACCAGACUCUGAAAGGAACCAAGGUGGACUUCAACGUGGCACAUCGGGAACUACUCAAGGAAGGGGCGGUUACGUUCAUCAGCCCGGGGACGUGCGAGAAACAGAGGAAGGUUGUCUUUCUUUUUUCUGAUGUCAUUAUUAUCUGCAGUGAAGCUCUGUUUGGAAAGUUCACCAUUACAUCCGAACUUCCGCUCAGUGAUUUGAAGAUCACCAAAGGAAAAAAUUCUGUUGUUCCGGAUACAUUCAUCGUCAUGGGAAUGAAUUCAACUGUGGAAUUACAGAACAUUGAUGGAGAUAUUGAUUGGUAUCAGGAAAUCAGCAAGGUGCUUCAGGAACUGGAAACCAAACGAAAGUCUGCCACCAGUGAAGCGGAUUGUCCUGCUUCGCCCGAACACGACGACAGCGUUUUGUUGAGCUCGACAGCGAUCUGUAAAGAGGAUAUUGGCAAACGCGCGCCUCUACUGAAACCGUUCCAGACGGCAGCCAAGUGUAUGCGGUGUAGAUCGAGGUUCAGCAGCACUAUGAAGAAAUACAACUGCAAGGGGUGCGGAUUCGUGAUCUGUGGGAAGUGUUCGCGACACACCAAGCUGGAGUACAGGAACAUGAAGCCGGGACGCGUCUGUUACGAAUGUUACAUGCUGCUCCACACCGGAUCCAGUUCGGAAAACUCCGACAUCAACGAAGACGAUUGAUAGAUCUACAUGUAUGAUCGGGAAAGAAAAAAAAAAAAAAAAAAAGUUUCCAUUAGAGGGAGAUAACUCUCUUAACUGCUCAUACUCUAACAAUGCCUCAUAUUGUUUGACAAUGUGAUAAAGGUGUGAAUUUGUGUUCAAAAUAGGUUUCUUUUUUAUGGGUAGCGUUACAAAAAUUGUACCUAGAGGAAAUGUUUUCUUUGAAAUAUGCUAGAUUUGUGGGACGUAAUUGUUGAAAGGCUUUUUUUUCUUCUUUUUUGUUGUUGUUUAGUUUAAAUGUAAAAACUGGGCAGAAUAUGAAGGAAGGAAAUGUUUUAUUUAACGACGCACUCAACACAUUUUAUUUACGGUAAUAUGGCGUCGGACAUAUGGUUGAGGACCACAUAGAUAUUGAGGGAGGAAACCCGCUGUCGCCACU